AUGAGAUGGGUGGGAUGUGACGUCAGUCAUGUCGUUUGUUUAAACUUCACCUCAUCUCAUCAAACAAGAUUCUUUGAUAUCUCCCAAGACAUUGAUAUGUUCUUUUUGAAUGAGUCGUUCGCUAUCAAGCAACAUGUUGAGUCAUAUUUCUUCUUCAUAUUUAUCUUUUACCUGUGCGUUGUUUGUGAUCUACAAAAUGCUUUUAAAACUUAA